UCCGACCAGUCACUGAGUGCACGUGUUCGUUUAAAAUGACACAGAGAGUCGCUGUCGUUACCGGUUCUAACAAAGGGCUUGGCUAUGCAGUUGUGAAGGGCUUAUGCAAAACAUUCAAUGGAAUAGUAUACCUAACAUGCAGAAAUGAGCAGCGAGGCAUCGAAGCUGUGAGAAAGUUAAGCGAAAUCGGACUUAAACCGUCCUUCCAUAAACUAGACGUAAGCGAUAAAGAAAGUGUUGAGAAUUUUGCGAAUUUUAUCAAAACGAAACACGGCGGGUUUGAUGUUCUUGUGAAUAAUGCAGCUAUAUUGGAGUGGGAACAAGUUUAUCCGGAUUAUGAAGCUGCUAAACGUAAUAUCGAUAUUAAUUAUCGUAGUUUACUAACUAUUGAGGAAUUCCUGUUCCCGUUACUGAGGGACAACGCAAGAGUUGUUAAUAUUUCAAGUGCGUGUGGACAUUUAUCGAAUUUGAAAAAUGAAAAAUGGCUAGAUGUGCUACAGAGUGAAGAUUUAACGACGGAACAGAUAAACGAAUUUGUUGAUGAAUAUCUACAAAGUGUAAGAGAUGGCACUUUCAACAAAGAAGACUUUGUAGAUAAUGGGAAGCACGCCGAGCAUCGUGUGUCGAAGAUUGCUCUAACUGCGCUAACUAUGGUUCAACAAAAGAAAUAUUAUUCGAGAAAUAUAUCUAUAAAUGCGGUGCAUCCAGGUCACGUGAAAACCGAUAUGGCUAGAGGUGGAGGUGUGACUGACCCAGAUGAAGCAGCCAAAACCAUUCUGUACUUGAUAAAUGAUGCUUCGCCUAAACUGAAAGGUACAUUUAUUUGGAGUGACGGCAAAAUAAUCGACUGGUUCGAUGUAAACGGAGACUAUUACUAUAAACAUUCUGAAUAGCCAGCGAAACCUAAUUUGAUUUAUUUUAUUAAUAUAUUUAUCGUUUUUUGUGCAGACUUCUUUUUCUGACAAUAUUUUCUAUGUGUGUGUUAUAAUAUUAAUAAAUGUAAAUGUUUAACAGAAAUAUUAUCAA